AUGUCUUCUCAAAACGUCUUAUCUCAUGUUUCGGAACCUAUAGCAAUUGCACCAGAAAAGCAUCACCCUCGAGAGAGUCACGUCGUCGAGCAUGGAGCACCGGAGCAGGAGACACUCGUAGACUUUGAUGGUGAAGACGACUCGUCCAACCCAAAGAAUUGGUCGCGCAAACGAAAAUGGACUCUUGUUAUAAUUGUUUCUUUAUUGGAUUUUGCAGUUAACCUAGGUGUAAUCAUCAGUGCACCACUUGGGCCCCAGAUCCUCGCCGAGUUCAAGGAAGAGGGGACCUCGUACUUGACACUAAUUAUCACAAUAUGGGAACUGGGUGAGAUUCUCGGACCGCUGAUUGUAGCGCCGCUAUCCGAACUCUACGGGCGGUUCUACAUAUACCAUGCCGGCACCAUUCUUUUCAUCUUGUUUUCGGCAGCUUGCGCUCUAAGUACAAACAUCCACAUGUUGGUAGCAUUUCGAUUCUUAAACGGCAUGGCAGUGGUAUCGACCGCUCUGAAUCCGAGCACCGUCGGCGACUUGUUUCCAGUUGAGCAGCGCGGCAAAGCCAUGGCAAUAGUGGGAUUGGCACCCAUGCUAGGGCCCGUCGUUGGUCCAAUUCUGGGGGGAUACGUAGGUCAAGCGUUGGGGUGGAGGUGGUGCUUCUGGGUCAUGACAAUUCUAUGCGGCCUCAUUGAACUAUGCUUUCUGCUGUCUCUGCGCGAGACGUAUGUUGUUCAAAUUUUGAAGAGCAAAGCCAUACGCCUCAGAAAGGCAACGCACAACCCGAAUUGGAGGUCCAGGUACGAAACCAACUACAGCGCGCUCAAGGUUGUCAGAGAGUCUUGUCUUAGACCUCUAGUUCUACUUUUUACCUCUCCCGCCUUGUUCCUGAUAUCAUUAUACCUUGGAAUUGUCUAUGGUUACAUCUACCUGGUGGCGACCACCCUCACCAGCGUGUUUGAAAGCGUCUAUGACUUUUCAUCAAGCCAGGCUGGGCUCAGCUUCUUAGGGCUAGGAAUUGGCUGUGUGGUUGGCGUUUUCCUGUGCAGCGCCACUCUUGACAUUUGGGUGCGUCGGCAAUCAAAAUCAGGCCAGGUACAGCCUGAGCAACGUCUACCACCCCUCAUAGUUGGCGGCCUCAUCUUACCAAUGGCCCUGUUCUUCUAUGGUUGGACAACCGAGUUUCACGUUCACUACAUGGCGCCCAUUAUGGCAACAGGCAUGAUCGGCGUCGGUCUCGUGUCCACCACGAUUCCUGUCCGGAGUUACUUGGUCGACGCUUUCGGGCUACAUUCUGCCAGUGCAAUUGCUGGUUCAGCUGCCUUUCGAAACCUCUGUGGCACCUUGAUUCCACUCUCAGGACCACCUUUAUACAGACGCCUCGGGCUGGGCUGGGGAAACUCCGUGCUAGGGUUCAUUGCUCUGGCGACCAUUCCAGUGCCUAUAUUUCUGAUGAAAUUUGGUCAUCGUCUUAGGAGAAAUAGUGAGCAAAAAUAUACCUAG